AUGUUGUCCUGCCGUUCGGUAAUCCAGCUGAUGGAGGGGCUCGACCUUGGCCCUUCCGUUCGUGUUCAUUCAGAAGCUGACAUCGGGGAAGUCAGAAGGUCGCUUCGAGUUGAUGUGCGAAGAGAUGCUCGGGCGCUUCGUCUUCCGUGCCUAGCGUGUUGUCCGUCUCCUACAAGGUGA